AUGUCAUCUGGUGCAACUGAUAUCUAUUUCUAUGAUAUUUCUGGUAUUAUUGGUGGUUGUGUCGGUGUUGGUGGUGGUGCCGGUGGUUUUGGUGUUGGUAUUGGCGGUGGUGUUAGCUGUCUUGGUGGUCUUGAUGCGGGUAUUGGUGGAAUUGAUGGUCUUGGUGGUAGUGUUGGUAGUAUUGGUGGUCUUGGUGGCAUUAUUGGUGGUCUUGGUGGCAUUGAUGGUGGUCUUAGUGGGGAAAAUGAGUCUGAGAAAAGUUAUGAAAAGGGAGAUAGAGAAGGGUAUAUAGUGGCUGGUGAGAAAAGUAAAAGUGAGGAUGAAGAAUAA